GUCGUUUCCCAAGAAAUCCGAAAGAUAUGGCUAGUUGACUAAGAAGUAAUUCGAUAUUAAUAUAUUUUUUUGGAAGCGCAUAUAGUUUUAUUGGGCUAGAUCGCAUUUUCUGCAUGGUGAAGUCCGUUACGAUAUGUUGUCGGAUAUAUUUUAUGUGCGGUGAGAUCCAACGCGGUGUUUGUGUGUGUCUUUUGUUGGCGUUGCUGUUGUUUGUAGCCAUCGCCAUAGCCAUCGGCAUCGCAGCCCGCGGUAUCGAAGUUUCAGUAUCAAAAGCAUCGGCAGCCAGCCCAAGCUGAAACUAGUCGAUUGUUCAAUUCCCAAAAGCGCGGGCCCUUUACACUUGCGUUCGUUCUCCUUCGCGAGUGUGUAUUUGUGGCCGUGCACAAGUGCAUUUGUGUGUGUGCACUCGGGAUUCCUCUUCCAUUCCAAUCGCCGCUCGACCCCCCCCCCCCCCUUCCACACCAUACCUCGCAGCGUCAAACUGUGAAGCAAACCUGGCCCUUGUAACGGACUUUGUUACUAAUUACUCUGCUCAAACAGAGAUUCAUUCGACCGACACGUGCCGGACAUUGAACCCAUCGAAAACCGCGUAUCGGGAAAGAGCAAACACCCAGCCCCGCCCACUCCACGCCCCCAAAGGGAGCUGAUGAGGCACUGAUGGCCGACAAGGGGUCAGAUUUGCAUUUGGCUGUGUAGAACAGAAAUCGAACGAAAAGAAAGUAGCGAGCGCGGAGAACAUAAAAUCGUAUUUCCAGUUGGCCAAGUUUUUGGGCAGACUGGCUGGUUGACUGACCAGUCCAUAAUUAGGCCUCGAGCAUGCAGCUCGGUUAACACACCAAAUACAGGACCGAUCCCAUUACUUGCAACACAGAAACCACAAACAGAAGCGACAACAAAAUGGCAAUCAUACUGCAAGAAGCCCAGAAGUGGUAUCGGGACCUAAUGGACAAUAAAAGCGAUCCUCGCGUUAACGACUUCUUUCUGCUAUCCUCGCCACUGCCCACACUUUGUAUGUGCAUAUUCUAUGCCUACUUCAGCAAAUCCCUGGGGCCCAGGCUGAUGGCCAAACGGAAACCGAUGGAGUUGCGAUCUGUUUUAGUUGUAUACAACGCGAUACAAACAAUAUUUAGCGCGUGGAUCUUUUAUGAGUACUUAAUGAGCGGAUGGUGGGGCCACUACAGCUUAAAGUGUCAGCCCGUUGACUAUAGCACCACUGGCUUGGCCAUGCGGAUGGUCAACAUUUGCUGGUGGUACUACAUAUCUAAGUUCACCGAGUUCUUCGACACACUCUUCUUCAUUCUGCGAAAAAAGAACGAGCACGUCUCCACACUACACGUCAUCCAUCACGGCUGCAUGCCGUUCUCCGUCUGGAUGGGUCUGAAGUUUGCGCCAGGCGGUCAUAGCACUUUCUUUGCCCUUCUCAACUCGUUUGUGCACAUUGUAAUGUAUUUCUACUACAUGAUCGCCGCCAUGGGUCCAAAGUACCAGAAGUACAUCUGGUGGAAGAAGUACCUGACCACCUUCCAAAUGGUUCAAUUCGUGGCCAUUUUCACCCACCAGUUCCAGCUUUUGUUCCGCGAAUGUGAUUACCCCAAGGGCUUCAUGGUCUGGAUCGGAUUGCACGGCGUUAUGUUCCUGUUCCUGUUCUCCGACUUUUACAAAGCGAAAUAUCUCAACGCAGCUCGACGUCGCCGGCAGGCGGUCAAGGCCAAUGGCUAUGCCAACGGCUCGGCUUCGAAUGGGCACAGCAAGCAUCUUGGAGAGGGUGACGCCCUGAUUGCAAACGGUUGCAAUACUGGGGCUUGCAUGCCGGUGAUGGAGGACGAGUACGUCAAAAGCAAGGGGCAAUCGAAUGGUGCCUACAAGGAGGGCUUCUUCAAGGAGGGCGUGUUAUCCAACAACGAUGCCAUCUUCAACCCGGACAGCAGUAGUUCUAGUCUGCACCAGCGCAAAGUCAAAUAACUGCUGAUUAGGUGUACUACGAUGAUAUUCAUUAUGUUUAUGUUAAGUGAUUAGCGUGUAACUGAACCAGAUUGAAGAACAAGACGAGCAAGAAACUUGGCAGAAGUAGCAGAAGACGAUUGGCACGACAGCAGCGAAAAAUUAAUAGAGCUCGGUUUAUGGAUUGUUUUUGAUAAUUUAUAUUUUAAAUACGUACAAUACAUAAAAUCAGUUAUGGCAAAAGUCAAUCGGAUGCGCCGAAACUUACCGAACAAACGCCACCUAUGCCCACCCACCCGAACCGUCAUUAACUAAAGCUAAGUAGAAAGAGAAGCGGCAGCACAAACUAAGAUAUAAUCAAACCAUUUUUACAAACAUGUCCUACGGCACCAGUAUGAACGUCCCGCUUGAAGCACAAAUACGCCUCUGGUGCGCAGAGAAAAGUUAUUUUUUGAACGAUAUUUAUAGAGCCAUAAAGCCUGUUUAAACCAGCUACAGAUACCAAUUAUAGUGUAGCUUACCGCAUACAAACACCAACAAAGACAUACAUACAUACAUACUCACUUUAGGUGUAAAAUUUUGUAUGAACAUUUUUGAUAACAAAUUGAGAUGUUACGGCGGCCGAACCUAUGAUAUAUGAAAGCUAUACAUGCUCUCUUCAGUCUGCUCUAAACUCAAAGAAGACGUUAUACUAUUUGUAGCUUGUUUUGUAUAUUGAGAGAGAACGGCAUUUUGUUGCAAUACUUUGUAAAGGUCUAAUAGUUAAACUUAUUUAUACAUUGUAGCUAGCUAGCCAAUUGCAAAAUGCAGCACGACCCAGACCUCCCCUUGGCCUUCCUGGACAAUUGUGACAACUAAACGGACGACCGGACCGAAGAUCACACUAUAGUCAGACAAGAAAGAGUGACAAAGAUCAUGGAGAUAAAGCUUUUAUACUGUAAGUGCAAACCGGCUUAAGGACGAAGACAAUCAGUUUAUUAGUUGGUUGCCGACCAAUGUAAAUGAAUCUUAACAAAAGUUUUCAACUAUUUUCGCAUUGCAUUGAACCUCUUUUUGGUGUGGCUCAUAUAUAUUACUUUAUUACUACCUAUUCAAUAUCCGCUUGUUUCCAUUUUUGGUUUGAAGUUGUUAAACGGUUUUUCAGCGCAGUGAGAAGUAUUGGUGACAAAUUAUUUGUAAGUGUAAUUCUGUCUGUUAAUCCGUGCGUAUGGUUUCGUUGUUAGAUUAUGUGGCUUAAGCUGACAAGUUCAAAAACUAUAGAAAACCUAAAUAAAGCUUUUUAAUUUAUAUU